AUGCUGGUUGUUGUGUACGUCUUCGCCGUUUGGGGUAUGGAGCUCAUCACCGCGGACACGAAUUCCCCAGAAAACGACGCUGAUGCCACUUCGAGGUUUGAUAAUUUGUUUGAAGCUAUGACUUUCCUUAUCCAGUGCAUGACUCUGGACAGUGUCUCGGCUGUGUAUAGGCCGAUCAUCGGCCACAAUCCCUGGCUGUGCACUUAUUUCCUCAUCUUCCUGCUUAUCGGGCCCAUCGCCCUCAUGAACGUGAUCACCGCCAUCCAGGUCGAGGCGCUCUUUCGGAGCGCCGCGGAAGACCACGAUGCGAAGAAGGCUUGGGAGAAGGCUUGGGAGAAGAAGAUGAUGCCGAAGCUGAAGAGCAUUUUCAGUGCACCAGACGCCAACGAUAACGGUGAGGUUGACUUGGAUGAGCUGGUCAAUGCCCUCGAAGAACUCAAAGAGCAGUUGAGGCGCAUCGUGGACUUGGACCAGAUGGAGGAGAUUUUCCGCAUGCUCGAUUUCGACGGCAGCGGUGCCAUUGAUAUCGACGAGUUUGUGGACGGCAUCAUGCGUACGCAGCAGGACAAGCCCACGGAGCUCAUCUUGCUCCUGAAGCAAAGCAAGGCGAUCCUGGACCACCUUGGGACAAAGGACGGAGGCCUUCAAAAGGGGUACAUGGCAGAAGACGCAGAAGCAGCGAAGAUGCAGCAGUAG